AUGGUUGAUAGAAUUGGCAAAUUGGAAGGCGGCAUUGCCUUCCUUGAGCUGUGUGGGUUUGAGAAAAUUGAAGAUGGCGAGUUCUUGUUUCUGCCUAGAGACAAAGUCGACAUGGCAGUGCUGCAUUCAGCCGGGAAUGAGUUGAACAAUGCAAUAAAGAAUCCAUUCUUUGGGGUUCUCUAG